AACAGCUUUCUUUCCCAACAGUUCAGUCUGCCCCAAGCUCGCUGGCUGCCCGCAAGCUUGCUUAGGGCUGGCGUGUCAGGCUGGGGCUGUCUGAGCCAUGAACAGCUUCAGGGGUGCCAUCCUUAUCUGGGCAGUGGCAGCAUGGGCUAAAAUGGACAAAUCUCUGGGAGAGACAGAUGAGGCUGGAUUUCAAAAAUGCAAGAAUGCCUUAAAACUACCUGUUUUGGCAGUCUUACCUGGAGGCGGCUGGGAUAACCUGCGGAAUGUGGACAUGGGACGGGUGAUGAACUUGACUUACACCCACUGCAGGACCACAGAGGAUGGACAGUACAUCAUCCCUGAUGAGAUCUUUGCCAUUCCCCAGAAACAGAGCAACCUGGAGAUGAACUCAAAAAUCCUGGAAUCCUGGGAGAAUUACCAGAGCAGCACCUCCUACUCCAUCAACACGGAGCUCUCCCUUUUUUCCAAAGUCAACGGCAGGUUCUCCCCUGAGUUCCAGAGGAUGAAGACACUUCAGGUGAAGGACCAAGCAGUAACUACCCAGGUUCAGGUAAGAAACCUGGUCUACACAGUCAAAAUCAACCCAGAUGCGGAGCUAAGCUGGGGAUUUAAGAAGGAACUCAUGGACAUCUCUGAGCGUCUGGAGAACAACCAGACACGGAUGGCCACCUACUUGGCGGAACUCUUGGUCCUCAACUAUGGUACCCAUGUCAUCACCAGCGUGGAUGCGGGGGCUGCUCUCAUUCAGGAGGACCACAUCAGAUCUUCUUUCCUCCAGGACAGCCAGACCACCCGCAGUGCUGUGACAGCGUCUGCUGGAAUCACCUUCCUAAACAUCGUGAACUUCAAAUUUGAGGAGAACUACACCUCACAGAAUGCCUUCACCAAGAACUACCUCACCAACCGAACCAACUCCAGGGUGCAAAGUAUUGGAGGGCUCCCUUUUUACCCAGGCAUCACCCUCCAGGCCUGGCAGGAGGGCAUCACCAACCACCUGGUGGCCAUGGACCGAGCUGGCCUGCCUCUGUAUUUCUUCAUCAACCCUGACAGGCUGCCUGACUUGCCGGGACCCUUGGUGAAAAAGCUGUCUAAGACGGUGGAAACUGCCGUGAGACGCUAUUACAUGUUCAACACCUACCCCGGCUGCACAGAUCUCAAUUCGCCCAACUUCAAUUUCCAGGCCAACACUGAUGAUGGCUCUUGCGAGGGAAAAAUGACCAAUUUCUCCUUUGGCGGAGUUUACCAGGAAUGUACCCAGUUCUCGGGGAAUGAGGAUGUCCAACUCUGCCAAAACUUAGAGCAGAGGAAUCCUCUCACUGGUGAUUUCUCCUGUCCCUCUGGCUACACCCCAGUCCAGCUGCUCUCCCAGACCCAUGAGGAGGGUUACAACCACCUGGAGUGUCCACGGAAGUGCACCCUCUUCAUCUUCUGCAAGACCGUGUGUGAAGACGUGUUCCGGGUGGCCAAGGCAGAAUUUAGGGCUUUUUGGUGCGUGGCCAGUAGCCAAGUACCUGAAAACUCAGGACUACUUUUUGGGGGCCUCUUCAGCGGUAAGAGCAUCAACCCUUUGACAAAUGCACAGUCAUGCCCAGCGGGCUAUUUUCCAUUGAGACUUUUUGAAAACCUCAAGGUAUGUGCCUCUCAGGACUAUGAGUUGGGAUACAGGUUUUCAGUCCCCUUUGGUGGGUUCUUUAGCUGUGCAGUCGGGAACCCCUUGGUGGAUGCUGCCAUAUCCAAAGAUUUAGGCGCACCUUCUCUAAAAAAGUGCCCCAGGGGUUUCAGCCAACAUUUAGCCCUCAUCAGCGAUGGGUGCCAAGUGUCUUACUGCGUCAAAGCCGGGCUUUUUACGGGAGGAUCUCUGCCUCCUGUCAGGCUCCCACCUUAUACCCGACCACCCCUCAUGAGCCAGGCUGCCACCAACACUGUUCUGGUGACUAAUCUUGAGGCUGCAAGCUCCUGGAUUAAAGAUUCCCAGACCCACCAGUGGAGGCUAGGAGAGCCUCUGGAGCUUCGCAGGGCCAUGAAGUUCAUCCAUGGGGACAGAGGUGGUCUGUCUGGAGGGGCAGCUGCCGGGGUCACACUAGGGGUCACCACUGUCCUGGCAGCCAUCAUUGCCCUGGCCAUCUACGGCACCCGGAAGUACAGGAAGAGGGGAUACCAGGUGGUCCAGGACGAGAGGCAGAGUUUGGUUCCAGACACAGCCGUGAAUGGAGACGCCCUUGACCAAGAGCAGGUGCAGAGUCCUGCCUAGACUCUCCCAGGAAACCUUUUCUCUCAUCUCCAGCCAGAGCUUCAAGUGUGACUUUCUUUUUUUUUUUUCUCUCUCUCCUUCUUCCUUCCUAAGUAUUGACAUGGCAAAUGCAACAAAAGGCAGGUGUAAGUUUGUGACCUCCUUAGGUCCCUGGGCCAGGAAAUGAAUAGAGCUGCAUGGACAAGUUUGGGGGAAGGGCUGGAGAACAGUUGUGGCUUUUUAAGCAAAAGUCAUCCUGGAGCCUAAAACACAAGGGGGGGUGUCUUUUCUCUUUCUAUGUGUGUCAUUAAGUAUCUUCACCUGACUGCCUAUGUGUAAAAAGAGAGGAGGGAGAAUAUUGACAUUUGAAUGUGAAGACAUUUAAUCUGAGGUCAGCCGUGGUUUCCAACUCACAAGAUCUAAGAAAUUAUGCCUUUAAGUGUUAUCCCCCUACUAUGUUGUGUUUUUUACAAAGCAGUCUGGAUUUCAUGCUCCUGGAGGCAGACAGAACCCCCAGAAGACACAGGAGGUCCUGCUUGGCUAUUGCUUUUCAGCUUUGAGGGCUCAGUAUUGCUGAACUGUGUGAUCUCCUCUGGGUCACCUCAACAGCACCUGAACCAAAAGAUGGUGCCUAUAUCAAGCCCACUUUUUCUAGCUUCCCCACAGUUAAGACUUACUGAUACCAUGCCACUCUUGGACUUCAGACUAGUGUCAUAAAGUCCUCAGAAAAUAUUUUAGAGUAUAAGCUUCUACUAGGAGGUCUAGGGUGAAGGGAUAGUUUGGAGACCAGGAGUGAUUGAAGAAAGGGUGAAAACUAGAAAUGAUUCUGGUGCUCAUGGGAUAUUGAAAUUCGUACCCACCACCAACUACCUGGUUUCAUCCUCUUAGCUCAUCAUAAAUGGGGCAAAAAGAAAGGAGCUGCAGGUUUGGAUAGAUCAAGCAUUAUCAUCUCAUGAUCUGUUACCAAAUACAAUCCCUUUCUCUUCCAUGGAUGACUGUCUCCCCUUCAGGUCCUCUCAUCACAGGCACACAUGCCCUCAAACACACACACACACACACACACACACACACACACACACCUCACAUUCCAACAAAAAAUCUGAAUUUUUCUGGGGGUGGGAAAUAAGAAAAAUGCAAGAAGUCAAAGUAAACCCACACCUAAGGAUCACUUCAUCUCUAAAACCUAAACAGAGUAGAAAGUGCCAAUUAUGUACCCUACACUUAUUUUUUUCUCCAGCAGAAAGGGGGUUGACAUUAUCAAACCAAUGUUUUUGAAUGAAACGAGAAAGGCAUCCAACAUCAUUUGUGACAAGUUUAUUUCAGUUCCAGGCUGAACUCCCUGGGACAUCUAGCAGGAUGCAUCAUUGUUACUUGGCCUUUGGGGCUUUGCCCAAUUUUAAUGUCUCACCUAAUUGUAGUUAUUGGGGUGAAUCUGUCAAUGUUCUUCUGCAACAUUUUUUAAAGUUACAUAUUUGCUCACCAACUCAAAUGUCAUCGGUGAGUUAUCUUUUAUGAAGGAUAAUGUGUCCUGUCCUCAUUAAUAUUCACAGUCAAGAGUUUAGGCUUAUACUAGGUCCUUCUUCUGAGGAGCUCAAAGCAUCCCAGCCUGUAGGAAGAUGGGGGGGGGGUCACACAUUCAUCUCCCACUGCAAUACAGAGAAGUGAGUCACAGAAUUUGAGCCGUGCUCUCAGCCAGAGACUCUGAUUUCUACAACCUCCCCACUAAAUCCCCGCUUCUUAAGCGUUAAAAUGUUGUCCUUAACCUCUGGGUGUUUUGUGGGCAUGUUUCAGCCAAGCUAACCACUUUCCCGCCUAUACUGACUUUCCUGUGUAUUCUUUGAAGUUUACUGAGUCAGAGAGACAAAGUAUAGCUAUAGCCUCCCAGACUUUUAAGGCACUAACUGCUCAUCGAUAUUAAAAGUUUGUCACUAACCUGUAUUUCUAACAAUAUUGCACAGAAAUAAGCAUUAAAAUGUGCACUUAAGGAAUACUCUGUCUUGGCUGUUCAUCCGCAGGAAAUCAGAACGAGGGAGUCUACGGUUUACAUACCUCAAGUCACUUUACAAACUCAAAACCCAGACAAGGGGUUCACAGGCUC